GCAGAGCGUAAACUGACAUUCCUGGCUUUGCAAUUUCUGGCGUAUAGACAUUAUUUACUGCUCAAGCUUCUUGACAUAAGAGCGACGCGGACUCACACCACUUGCCGCGUUCGGCCACGGGAUGGCGCUACCGCGCGUGCCGGUGGCGCUGGCCGUGCUGGCGUUGGCGCUGGGCAGCGCAUGUGUGCACGCGGUGACCAGCACGGACGACAUCCUGCCCGGCUGGAAGGGCGAGACAUACAACCACGUAGACUUCUUUUGGGAUCCCCUCAAGAAGGAGCCCUUUGAUGACAUCCCGCUGCCAGCCUCCAAGUCGUGGAUUGAGCAUGUGGCCUGGAAACCGCGCGUGUUCAUCUACCACAACUUCAUCACUGAAGUUGAGGCGAAGCACCUCAUUGAGCUCGCGGCGCCGCAGAUGAAGCGCUCCACGGUGGUUGGCGCGGGCGGCAAGAGCGUGGAGGACAACUACCGCACGAGCUACGGCACGUUCCUCAAGCGGUAUCAGGAUGAAAUUGUGGAGCGGAUAGAGAACCGUGUGGCGGCGUGGACGCAGAUCCCCGUGGCGCACCAGGAGGACACGCAGAUCCUUCGCUACGGGCUGGGCCAGCAGUACAAGGUGCACGCCGACACGCUGCGGGACGAGGAGGCGGGCGUGCGCGUGGCUACGGUGCUCAUCUACCUGAACGAGCCGGACGGUGGCGGUGAGACCGCCUUCCCCAGCAGCGAGUGGGUUAACCCGCAGCUGGCCAAGACGCUCGGAGCCAACUUCUCCGACUGCGCAAAGAACCAUGUGGCGUUUGCGCCGAAACGCGGCGACGCCUUGCUGUUCUGGUCCAUCAACCCCGAUGGCAACACGGAGGACACGCACGCCUCGCACACGGGCUGCCCGGUGCUCAGUGGCGUCAAGUGGACCGCCACCAAGUGGAUCCACGCGCGGCCCUUCCGGCCUAAUGAAAUGGCGGCCGGCCGCCCGCACGACCCGUACGUGAAGGACCCGGGCGUGUGCUACGACGAGAGCCCCAACUGCCCCGAGUGGGCGGCGCGUGGGGACUGCGAGAAGAACUCCGACUACAUGGUGGUCAACGCCGUGUCGCCGGGCGUGUGCCGCAAGUCCUGCGGCGCCUGCACGGUGUGCGCCAAGGGCGACAUGGCCUGCUACAACGACAACCGCGUCAAGGUGGGCUUCCUGGUGUACAACGCCUCCGAGCUGGCGCCCUUCAAGCCCAUGGUGUGAAGCGCGCGUGGUGGGCCCGCGAGCCCGUGGGAGCGCGUGAGCGUGGCAGCGUGGGAGAGUGUGAGCUAGCUGGCGAAAGCAUGAUGUUCAUGAGUAUGUGGGGGGGGGCACGUGCGGGCUAGGAUGAUGUGGUGGUGAAUUAUGCAGCCGAAGCCGGGGGAGCAGCAGCCAGGGGAACCGCUGGAUGCAGCCGUGAAGCUGCAGGGUGGAAAGGAAUAGCAGCAGGGCGGAUGCGGCAUGACGCCGUUCAGGAGCCCGCCUGGCAGGCCUUGUAGGGAAAGGCGCACGUGCCCGGAAGGGGCUCACCGCAUCGCUGGCGCAGGAGCACGGGAGUAGGCUUGACGCCGCGGAAUUUUCGGACGUGCACUGGGCCUGCUUUUUGUGCGGGGGAGGAGCGUUGGCUGAUGCAACGUGUACAUGCGCAUGUUCAAUCGCACGGCUGUGCGCUUGUUGGUGAGAGCCGCUUGCUGAUGGUACGGGGGGUUAAUGUUGAACCAAUCCCGUAAGGAAACAGUCGGUGGGAAGGCAGAGACCUACAGGAGGCCGUGCGUCUUGAUCAACUGUGAGAGACGGUGCGCAUUCCGGAGGUGUCAAGCAUCGGAGCGCGGCCGCAAGGCAACCAACGCGAUUGUGAGCCAGGAGGAGUCAGUGAGCCUGUU